AGAGAAGCCAAAGUUGCAUCUGGACGGUCUCUACGGAAAGGGUAUCCGCGUACGUGCGGGUGAUCCACUCAACAUCAACAUCCCACUCACGGGUGCACCUGCACCUGCUGUCACAUGGUUGAUCAACGACAAGGAGAUCCCGCCCACCAACCGUAUCCGUACCGACACCGCUGACGAGACGGUCAACCUCACCAUUCCAGUGUCACAGAGAGGUGACAGAGGAAAGUACAACAUCAAGGCAAAGAACAUGUAUGAAGAAGAUUCAGCUGACAUUGACGUUCUCGUCUACGAUAAGCCUGGACCUCCUCAAGGACCACUUGAAUAUCCUGAGGUGACUAACUCUACAGUUAUGCUCAAGUGGAGGAAACCAGAGGAUGAUGGUGGAGCAGAGAUCACAGGUUACCUUCUUGAGAAGUGUGAGAUCGGCUCCGACUUCUGGCAGCCUGUGCCAGGCUACUGUCCCAACACAAGAUACACUGUGCGCAACCUCGAGGAAGGCAAGCAGUACAAGUUCCGUGUUCGUGCAGAGAACAUUUACGGCAUCAGUGAACCACUCGAGGGCAAGCCAGUCACUGCCAAGAACCCAUUUGGUAAGAUCAUUGUGCCUGUCUCGAAGCUUUAG